AUGAUCGACAAUCGGUUAAAAUUCAACAGUCAUGUUGACUACGCAUGCGAAAAGGCAGCGAAAGCCAUCAGUGCACUGUCUAGGAUUAUGCCGAAUAACUUUGGACCAAACAGUAGCAAGAGGCGCCUCUUAGCCAGUGUAUCAUCGUCGAUACUGCGGUAUAGCGGACCAGCCUGGAUUACAGCGCUCCAAACCCAGCGCAACAGAGCGAAGCUGAGAACAGCAGCAGCAGCAGCAUCACAGCUUCAACAGCAACAGGCACCGAUACAACAACAACCUCAGGGGCAACCGAUGCGACCUCAGAUACACCAGCAGCGGAUUGAAGAUCGUCACGAACAGCAACACGAGAGAAGUCAGCAGCUUCUGCAACAGCUGGAAAACGAAAAAAGGGAGCUGAAUCAAUCGCAGUUACAAAUUCAACAAGAGCAACAAUUUCUUCUGCACCAGGAGCAACAAUCAAGGCAGCAACAAGAUAGCCACCAUUUGGACCAAUGGCGACAACAACAACAAGACAACCACCAGCAGCAAGUACAGCAGCUACAACAACAGCGGCAAGAGUUACAGCACCUUUUGCAGCAAGAAAGAUCAAAACGGCAGCAUUUAGAAAAUCAAAUGGGACGGUUUCAACACGAGCAGUAUAGGUGCCAUCAAAACUUCGGUAAUGUAUGCCAGGGGGUAAAUCCUGCAGCAGGUGUGAAUUGGCCUCAUGAUCUCCAGGAACCAGACCAAUCACAUUACAUACCAGCGAUAGAUCAAUUACCGCAUGACCUGCGAAAUGACUUCAUGCGUUUCUUGCAAACACGAAAUAGACCAAACUCACCAAGACCCAGCGGACAGGUGUCGAACUCCAUAAGGUUUGCGCAACCGGUGCACAAAUGGCCUUUCGAAUACUCGGGUCAACCGAGCAUCAUACAAUUAGGAGAAUUUCUCAACCAAGUAAAUACCUACGCAGACACUGAAGGAAUCGAGGAGCAAACGCUUCUCCGUUCUAUUAAACAUUUACUCAAGGGACGAGCUCUUCAGUGGUAUACACGAUCCUAUCUAUACCUUACCAGCUGGGAGACGUUCAGAUCGGAAAUUAAACAGGAGUUUCUACCACCGAACUACUCCGAGAUUAUCAAACAAGACCUGUAUCUAAGGUUUCAGGGCCCCAACGAAUCCUUUACAUCGUUCUACAGGGACUUAGUAGCAGCUUUCGAGAUAGUGGAACCAGCAAUAUCAGAGUCGGAAAAACUGUUUAUCGUGAAAUCGCAUCUGAACUUGGAUUACAUUCCGAUAGCUGCAGCUUCCCGAGCCAGUACAGUUAAAGAUUUAGUUACAGUUUGCAAAGAAUUUGAAGUAUCUCGCUCCUACUCUUUUCGAAAUAGAUCUUCUACAACCCCUCGAACGUUCUGGAAUAAAUCAGACAGUUCUCCAUUUCAGCGUCCACUAACGAACAAAAUGGAACAUUCUAACCGACCUGCGUUCAACAGGCAGUCCCACAACACAGCACAUAUUAAUGCAAUGGAACUUAAUUCGGAGAUAGAAGAAGAUUGGGAUCUACAAGUUAUUCAGGAGCACGAAGCCAUUCAGCAAGACAUCGCACUGCGCAAUGAGACGGCUUCAAAUGCCGUGGAGGAAGUAAACGCGGUACGAGCACAGAGCAACCCCAGAGAACGAUUUCCUUCAAAUUUACAGCACCCAGCAAAAGGAGAGCAACGUACAGAAGUUUCAACAUCUACUAUCAUCUGUUGGCAGUGCGAGAAUCCUGGUCACACUUAUCCGAAUUGUCCCAAUCCGAAACGCUUCAUUUUCUGCUACAGUUGCGGGAAGAAAGGAUGUACCACUCGUAACUGCGAAGCUUGUAUCUCACGAUGGAAACAACUAGAUUCAACAAAUGUAAUGCCGAGUUCGGGAAACCGCAGAUGGGAGAAUCCUCAAUAA